AUGGAUAACGUUGCAAUGGCAGAGUGUUUAACUCUUGAAUUUGGCCCUUUCGAAACUGUCCAUCGCUGGCAACGUAUGCCAGAAUGCGACGAAUUUGUUGGAGCCAGAAGUUCACUGUAUUGUAUUAUACACAGGCGAAGCAAACAUACUGUUGUAGCAUACAAAGAUGCAAUCUAUGUAUUUGGUGGUGACAAUGGUAAAAGAAUGUUGGAUGAUUUAUUGAGAUUUGAUGUGAAAGAAAAGUCUUGGGGACGUGCAUUUGCAACAGGAACACCUCCUGCUCCAAGAUAUCAUCAUUCUGCAGUUGUGCAUGACUCUUCUAUGUUUGUAUUUGGUGGUUACACCGGUGACAUACAUUCCAAUUCGAAUCUUACUAAUAAAAAUGAUUUAUUUGAGUACCGAUUUCAAACUGGCCAAUGGACAGAGUGGAAAUUUAUUGGGAAAACUCCUGUAGCUAGAUCUGCACAUGGAGCUGCUGUCUAUGAUAACAAGUUGUGGAUAUUUGCUGGUUAUGAUGGUAAUGCAAGAUUAAAUGACAUGUGGACAAUAUCAUUAUUACCUGGAGAACCAAGAGUAUGGGAAGAGGUUGUUCAGUCUGGUGAUUGUCCACCAACCUGUUGUAAUUUUCCUGUUGCAGUAGCACGUGAAUGCAUGUUUGUAUUUAGUGGCCAAAGUGGAGCUAAGAUUACAAAUAGUCUCUUUCAAUUCCAUUUUCAAGAAAAGCGAUGGACGCGAAUUUCAACGGAACAUAUACUUCGUGGUGCCCCGCCUCCGCCUGCGCGACGAUAUGGUCACACCAUGGUCAGCUUUGAUAGACAUCUUUACGUGUUUGGUGGUGCAGCUGAUUCUACGUUACCCAACGAUCUUCAUUGCUACGAUCUCGAUACGCAAACAUGGAAUAUUAUUUUACCAUCGGCUGACAGCCAAGUUCCUUCUGGUCGAUUGUUUCAUGCAGCGGCAGUAAUUGGGGAAGCGAUGUUCAUUUUCGGUGGAACAGUUGAUAACAAUGUCCGAUCCGGAGAAACAUAUCGAUUCCAAUUUUCAUCGUAUCCAAAAUGUACUUUGCACGAUGAUUUCGGAAGACUGUUGAACGGACGUCUUUUCUGUGAUGUAGAAUUUAUAGUAGGUGAUACAGAAGCCAAAAUACCCGCUCACAUAGCUAUCGUAGCGGCUCGUUCACAGUUUCUUAGGACGCGCAUUAGACAAGCUCGAGAAAAACGAGAUAGUCAUUUAGAAGAAGUAUUUGGAACUGUGGAUGUACCGAUCAAAGAUAUGCCAUUGUUAGAAGUAAGACUGACAGAUGCUGUACCAGAGGCAUUUGAAAUGGUUCUGAAUUAUAUUUACACCGAUCGCAUCGAUCCAACAAGAAGAAGCGAAGACGGAUUAAAUAAUCGUGCUGAAGAUCCAUUAAGCAAUCGAAUCGUGCUUCUUAUGAUGGAUGUUUAUCGCUUAGCUUUGCAAUUCAACAUGAAACGAUUAGAGCAGUUAUGUGUCCAAUAUUUGAAGGCGACUAUAAGCAACGCUAACGUUUUGAAAGCGUUGCAUAAUGCCGCUUCCUUAAAUUUAUAUUUUAUAAAGGAGUUCUGCUUAAGUUUUAUCGUGAAGGAAAUCAAUUACAAUCAGAUUGUGAUGAGCAAGGAAUUCGAGACUUUAGAUCAACCUUUGAUGGUAGAAAUUAUCAGGAAAAGACAGAUGCCUCAAAGAGGUGUAUUUCUUAAACACUGUGAUCUUAUUACAGGCUCGACAUUGGAAGAGGAUAUGGAGGCAUUUCUUAAAAGUGUUGGCAGAGAAUUCUGUGAUAUAACGCUCAUGUUAGAUGGUGUGCCAAUUCCGGCUCAUAAGGCUAUUCUUGCGGCACGGUGUGGCUAUUUUGAGGGAAUGUUCCGAUCUUUUAUGCCUGAAAAUAAUACAGUGAACGUACAAAUUGGUGAAAUGGUUCCAUCUUCCGAGUCAUUCGACUCUUUGUUAAGGUACAUUUAUUACGCGGACGUUUCAAUGCCGCCUGAAGACUCGUUAUACUUAUUUACCGCACCAGUUUUUUAUGGUUUUACGAAUAAUCGAUUACAAGCGUUUUGCAAGCAGAAUCUCGAGAUGAAUGUCACGUUUGAAAACGUUAUACAGAUCUUAGAAGCUGCGGAUAGAAUGCAAGCUGUUGAUAUGAAGAAAUAUGCGUUGAAUCUCAUUGUGCAUCAUUUUCCGAAGGUUGCGAGGCUACCAAGAUUAAAGCAAUUAAGUCGCGAACUUUUAUUGGAUAUUUUGGAAGCACUGGCUGAUGAACGCAGCGAGGCACGAACAUGCCAGGACAUGGCGAAUGAUUGCUGACGGAUCUCCAGCUCGCACCGUUGUUCCCAUAGCUGGGAUUUGCCUUCGCCCUCGAGCUUCCAACCCGGAACGGGUUUUCAAGACUACGAAGCGAUGGCAAAAUUGAAAUUCCACGUUCACGAACGACACGUGAGCUCAUCGAACGAGACUGUAAAGUAUUUUUAUUCAAUCAUGUGCAUCGUUUAUACUACAUAAAAAAAAAAGAAUCAUCAAUCAAUGCUAUAUAAAUAUGUAUAUGAAAUCUUUCCCAAUGUAACAUAAUUUAUUGGGUACAGAUACAAGUUCGUCGUACAGAAUGUGUCUAAGUUUCCUUUUUUCUUUAUCAUCCUAUUUCCUUUAUUUUAAUAGAAUGGAUAAAGUAGCGAAUCUUAAUAAUUAGUAUUACGCGGAAUGAAAUAUAAAGUUGUAAUGAGACAAAACACAAUGCACAAAUUUUCAAAAAUACUUAUACCC